UACAUUCUGUAGGAAUCCAAUUGCAGAUCAUUUUUGCAAGUGAGAAAUAGUUGAAUAACACUAUCAAUCGCGCAUCACGCAUAUGUGAAACAAAAACAAAAGACUAAAAACAUGACUGACGCAAACAAAACCUGAAAACAAGCGAUCUCCGGUUCAUCAUUCAAAAGCACCAGAAGUUUCCUCGCAGAAGACAGCCAUGAAGCCGCAUAUCGCACGCAGUCGAAUCCGCCAGCAAGAGCUCAAUCCUGUUUUUCACUGGCAAAAUAAAGACGAAGAUGACAAAGUGCUGAGCAAAGUGAAGAUUAAACAGGCUCUCAAAACUGGCGUACUGAACCUUGCCGGACAGGGCCUUGCUACAGUGCCGGAGAAGUUAUGGAAUCUAAGCGAUUCUGAGGAUUGCGACAAGGACGUGCGAUACGACCUUGAUCGCACGAACGACGAGGACAGCUGGUGGAAUCAGAAGACGCUGACAAAUUUGGAUCUAAGCUCGAAUGCGCUCACUGUAAUAAGUGAUAAUGUGAGGAAUCUGGUCGAUUUGACGGUGUUGAAUCUGCAAGAUAAUGCCUUAACCGCUUUACCGGAGGGAAUUGGUUGUCUGGUGAAAUUAACAAAGCUUAGUCUGAGUCGUAACAAGCUAACAGAACUUCCGGAAAGUUUCUUCAACUUGAAGGAACUCAAAAAUCUCAAUUUGUCACAUAAUGAGUUUGCUGAGAUUCACAGUAACGUCAGUGAUUUGAUCAUGUUAGAAGUGCUGGACAUUUCGUUUAACAGUCUUAACUCAUUACCGGGAGGCAUCGGGUUUCUGGUCCGUUUACAGCAGUUAACCCUGAAUAAUAACCGGCUCGUUGAACUACCAAAUGAUAUAGUCAAUUUGCGAAACCUAAAUAAAUUGGAGUUAACCAAAAAUGAUUUGAAACAGCUGCCGCCUGUAAUGGGCGAGUUACGUAAAUUGGAAUGUCUGUACGUGCAGCAUAACGACAUUGAAGAAUUGCCUGAUUUCACCGGAUGUGAAGCACUGAAGGAGCUUCACAUAGCAAAUAACUUCAUCAAAACCAUUCCCGGAGAUUUCUGUGAAAACUUGCCCCAACUUAAAGUACUCGACUUACGUGACAACAAGAUAGAAAAACUGCCCGAUGAAAUAUCGCUACUCGCGAGUUUAACUCGCUUGGAUUUAUCGAAUAACUCCAUAUGCAGUUUGCCGUCUUGUCUGUCGACUCUGGCUCAUUUGGUGAGUUUGCAAGUAGAAGGUAAUCCGAUUCGGUCCAUCCGCAGAGAUAUAAUUCAAUGUGGAACGCAAAGAAUCCUGAAAACUCUAAAAGAACGGGAUGGACCAGGGAAACGAACCGAAACGGCAAAGUUUCCGUUCGAAGAGAGCACUUUUCCGGAUACGUACCAAAUGAAGAAGGGAAGAUCAUUAAUAGUGAGCAAUAAGAAUCUGAUAGAUGUUCCGGAGCAAGUGUUUUUGGACGCGAAUGAUGCAUCGGUGCAUAACGUUGAUAUUAGCAAGAAUAAGUUGACAGAAGUUCCCGUUGGAUUAUCGCAUCUCGCAAAUCUUACAACUGAGCUGAACAUUAGUUGCAAUUCACUCAAAACUCUACCAACCUUCUUAUCUCAGUUUGAUCGGAUCAGUUAUUUAAAUGUUUCUAACAAUUUUCUGAUCGAUCUACCUGAAGUAGUUGGUUUACUGAUUACCCUGCGAGAGCUGAAUGUGGCUAACAAUCAGCUGAAACACAUUCCGUCAUGCGUCUAUGAAUUAAAGGGGCUAGAAAUUUUUCUAGCUCGCGAUAACAAAAUCGAAGAUAUUGAUGCUACAGAACAUGGACUGGGAUCUCUUCCACGAUUGUCUACGCUGGAUCUGUCCAAUAACAAUAUCAAGCAAGUUCCACCGAUGCUCGGCACGUUGAAGAAUAUUACGACACUAGAAUUAGUAGGAAACAGUUUUCGACAACCACGUCACCAAAUUAUUGCGAAAGGAACCGAAUCCAUUAUGGCCUAUUUAAGGGACAGGAUACCAAAUUAAAGCAAAUUUUUGUUACAAUAGUUGUUUCAUGGUAGAACAAAGAAUAGCUUUCAGUUACGAAUAAAUUUUAUUGAUAGAAGCACACCGCUUUUGGGCACAA